AAAAGCAUUUCUUUUUCUUUUUCUUUCUUUUUUCUUCUCUGCAAAUUCAGAAAUUUCAGAGUGAUUUUGCUUCUGGGGUGUGUUUAAAUCUUGCAGCUGAAACCAAAAGAUUCCUCUUUUAUAGAAAUUGCCAUAGCAUAAGGCUAAGGUAACAAGAAACAACAUGGGUGCAAAGUCAGGGUCAAGUGACACAUUUGGUGAGUCUGAUAAAUUUGAGAUAACCGGCAAGAUCGUGGUGGUAGCUGUGAUAUUCCUCUUCAUGGUGGUUACUUUUGUUCUCAUACUCCAUCUCUAUGCAAAAUGGUUCUGGUGGCGCAUUGAGCAAAGCACUGCUCCUCAACCACGCAACCGCCGCCGUCGCCGCCGCUUUGUCUUUGCCCCUGGUCAAGAUCCAGUUACCUAUGGCACUAACCGAAUUGGUCUUGACCCUGCAGUUCUUAGGUCCUUGCCAGUGUUGGUGUUCCAACAAGAGGACUUCAAAGAUGGUUUGGAAUGUGCAGUUUGUCUCUCCGAGAUUGUUCAAGGUGAAAAGGCUAGGCUUUUACCAAAAUGCAAUCAUGGGUUUCAUGUAGAUUGCAUAGAUAUGUGGUUCCAAUCCCAUUCUACUUGCCCUCUUUGUAGGAACCUUGUUGACUCUGAAUCAUCUAAUAGUGACCCUUUAGAGGCAGAAAAUUCAGCUACAAUGAGUGGCUUAGAGUCUUCAAAUUUUCCCACAAAUAUGUUAGUUUGGGGAGACCAGACCCAAGUAAGUUCUGUUGGUGUUUCCUUGGAAGAAGGGACUUCUCAUCAAACACCUUGCUCUACAUCAUCAACAUCAUCUUCUUCUUCUUCUUCUUCAGCCAGUGAUAGUAGCAAUUGUAGAUGUCAUGGAAUGUUGGUGAUUGAUAUACCAAGUGAGUUCAAUUCGUCCUCUUUGUCCCCUUCUGCUAGUAGGUGUGAUGAAGAUGAGAUGAAAUCACCAAUGACAGCUAGACUGAGGUCACUGAAGAGGCUUCUGAGCAGGGACAAAAAGUUAAGUCCUUGUAGUCCUAGUUCUAUGGAUGUAGAACAAGCGCAGAGCUAGAAAUUUGUUAAUGGUAUUCAUUAAAUUUUUUUAGUAGAGGUCCUCUCGUUGAGAGAUAUGUUAUUUCCCUUCUAAGACUUCUAUGUAGAUAAUGGCUAAGGAUGCCUGCUAUAUAUAUAAUGUCUCGUUAUACAGUCAUUUUUUUUUUAAAUUUAUGUAUGUGCUUGAACCACAUUAAAGUGAAUGGU